ACGGCAUGCCUGCCAUGCACUCCUAGACCUCCUCCCCACGCUUGUCUCGUCCUUGCCAAAGUUGUCAUGCCUGAACCGGUACAAGUUGGGUGUGCACAGCAUCUCCUUUUUCGCUUGUCCCUUUUGCAGCAGUAGCCCAUCCGGGAGGUGCACCUAACGAUUUCGUGAUAAGAAAACCCCAUUUGUUUGUUUUCCGUCGUUAGUGCAGAUAGAGUGAGCAGUGGAGAUAUAUAUAUUAGUUUACUUUCCUUGUUACAAAAAUACGUGCUCUACUCGAGAAAAUCUAUCCAUCUGCAGCACACACACCCACCCAGGUAGCGAUAGCUGUAUAUAAAAACACGGUCAGGGCCGGACUCCCUCUGCUCUUCCCUUCCCUGAUCCCCAGAUGUCCCCGGGCCGGCCCCCCUCUUCACCCGUCCGUUCUUAAACCCUGCGUAAGCCUCGUCUCGUCCUCGUUCCCCAACACAGGCCCCUCCUCCUUCGGCAGGUCGCUGCCUCCCUGCAGCCUCUUCGUUCUCCUCUUUCCGUGUGGUGGCGCGGCUCCGGCCGGGGGAAAAGGAAGGCGUGGGUGCACGUACGCCGGGAAGGAGAAGAAGCGCACGCCCCGCUCGCUCUGCCGCUGGUUCGGUCUUCCCCGCCGGUGACACAGACAGCUCGUGCCGUCUCCACCGCAAUCGAUCCCCCUGUUGCUCGAUCGCUCUCCUUCCGCACGCAGUGGACUGUCGCCGUUGAUCCUGCAGGAAAAACCGGGUGGGCAAGGAAGCUAGUGAGCCCAGGGUGAAGAAGAUGAUGAUGGCUGAGGUGGCCAACCACAGCAAAAGGAACCACACCGACAGCUACUUCAGUGGCAAAGCCGCCGCCGUCGCCGUCGCGGCCACCGGCCCAGAGGAGUUCGCAAGCAUGUCCUCGAAGAAGCCGAGGAAUACCAGCCCGAGAAUCGCGCCCGUAUCACCAAAGGAGAAGAAGGACAAGAUCGGCGAGAGAGUCGCGGCGCUCCAGCAGCUAGUGUCACCAUUUGGAAAGACCGAUACGGCUUCUGUUCUGCAGGAAGCAUCGGGCUACAUCAAGUUCCUGCACCAGCAACUCGAGGUCCUGAGCUCCCCUUACAUGCGUGCUCCUCCGGCUCCCGGCGCUGUGCCUGAGGACCCCGAGCACUACAGCCUCCGGAACCGCGGGCUGUGCCUGGUGCCGGUGGACCUGACGCUGCAGCUGACCCAGAGCAAUGGGGCCGACCUGUGGGCGCCGGCGAACACGACCAGGCGCAGGUGAGGAGAAGCCUGUCGGCCUCGCUCCUUCACCAUCACCAGGAGGAGCCGGCCUGGGCCUGGUCUGCCCGGAGGAAACCAAGCAAGUACUACUGCAUCUGCAUGUGCGCCGUGGAGUAGAAUUUCCAAGCGCCUGACCCGAUUCGAUCUCCUAACAAGAAACUAAGCAAAGCGUCAUCGUCCGUAUCAGCCACCUUGUAUUAUACUCCUGUACUAGUGACCUGUCUGGUCUCUCUCUCCUUGUCGCCGUAUAUGUGUGAUCAUCAGCUGAUCACAUGUGGAAAUGGCCCAGAACUGCAUGCGUCUCUGUGUGGUACUAGUACUAUGUAACUAUGUGUUUAGUGACAUGUGAAUUUUAGCAGUCUGUGGCUGUCAGCAAGUAAAGCGGCAGUUUAAUGCCUGUUCCUUGA